CACAACAACGCAACAACUGCAACAACGCCCACUGAAGCUUCUCACCAUGUUGUCUCGAGCGGCGCUUCAGCAACAAUGUCGGUUGAUCCGACGGGUCCCAUGCCACUGGCAGCAUUCAGGAAAUAAUCAAACGAUUGUAGUCCUUCGAUGGAACAACCGCCGAUGGCUUUCUGCCAAAUCCACUCCAGUCGUUGAGAAAGCGCAAACACAACAACAAGAAGGACGUUGGCGUUCGAGCCUCCGUCGAUUUGCCUUUUUCGUCAAGAUGCUUCGAAUUCCUGCACUGGGCCUGUCUGUGUAUGCACUAGGGCGACAACAGGGAAUCAUUGAGUGUUCUCGCAAUCCACGGUUGAUCGAAGACGAGCUAUUGCAGACCAUUUUGAUGGACGUGGGAGUCAAGGAUCGCAGUCAAGUCCAAAUCUACUCGUCCGAAGACAGUGUCACCUUGGCGGCGACGUCCGUGGGAAUUUUACAAUCCAAAACCAUUCGGAUUGGAAAUGACAUUGUGCGAUGUGCCAGUCUCUUUGUGCGAAAGAAACUGGCAAAAGCGAUUCAGGAUGUCAAAGACAAACAGCCAUCGGAUGUUUCGCAAGAAGAUUUUAUCAAGGCUUGUCAUAAAGACGAAAAUUUUGCGUACUGGACACAGGCACUGUAUCGAGUAGAAGGAGAAGAUCCAAACAUUCCAUGGAAAUACAUACUCAUUGACAGUCCACUGGCAAAUGCCUUUGUGACGGAAAUUUUACCACAGCGAUUCUUUGUCACCACCAAAAUGUUUGAUGAUUACAUUGAAAAUGAAGAUGAGCUCGCCGUGGUUUUGGGACACGAAAUGAGCCACCUCAUUUUAGGACAUGUCAGUCAACGCAACAACCUGGAAACGGCGCUCCGUACCGUGGAAGUGCUGCUCUUGUCCAUUGAUCCUACGGAGGGAUUGAUGAGUUUGGGAGUCAUUGCAGGACUGGCAUGGAUGCGAGGCGUGCUCAUGGCCUCCUUUUCGCGAGAACAUGAAACCGAAGCCGAUGAAUUGGGAACCCAGUUGGCUGCCAUGGCUUGCUACGACACCAAACGAGGAUCUCUCGUCAUGAAGAAAAUGCAUGAUCAUCAAGUCAAGAUGUCGGGACAACCAAAAAGCAAUUCGGACAGUCAUCUACUUCAUUUGCUAGACAGUCAUCCCCCGUCGAUAGAUCGCUACGAGAAGAUACUGAAACAAAGUGAAACAGAAAACCCACAAAAGUACAACUCCCAGUGUGCGACGAUUCAAGAACGAAUGAUCCAAGCAGUUUGGGGUGGAAGAGGCAACUAACUAAGAAACGGCGGUAGUAUGAUAGUUUCCUGUUGGCCUGCUGACAACUUUUCCUCGCAUACAUUCAUUUUGCCCUCUGUAAUCUAAAGACCCCAGUUUAAUUUUUGCG